ACAACUGACAAACUGAUCCUUAAUGGCUCAAUAUCAUAAAUUGUUAUACUCGCAUAAAAGAAAGAAAGAUAUCGCGUCGUAGUGAUUUUCCUUAUCUGUUAAACUAUCAAAAAUUAUAAUAUAAAACAAUGCCUUGCUGUGUAAAAAAAUGUCAAAGCUAUCGCAAACCAGGAAGUAAGGUACAUACUUUCCGGUUUCCUCUGCACGCUAAAGACCGUCUGGACAAAUGGAUUGCUGCUGUUGGAAAACCAAAUUGGAAACCGUCGAGAGCAAGCAGAAUUUGCGAUUGGCAUUUCUAUGACAAGGACCUUAUACAGGGAAUGGGAUAUCGGCGUUCCUAUAUACAUAAAGACGCAGUGCCGAAAGAUUAUCCUACAUUUAUCAAAGAAAGAGAACAGAUUGAUAAUGCAAAGCCAAAGGAGAACUGCAAUGCUACAAGUUUUAAUAAAUAUGCAAGUGUUUGCAAUGUUGCAAGCAGCAGUAAAUCUGUAAGCUCCAGUCAAGUCUGUUCAAAUUCAACUCAAUCGGUUCAGAAAGCAACUCCUCACCUAGAUAAGCAAGACAAACUGUACAAGACAACUGUACAAAGUAUACAAGCUGAUUCAAGAGAGAUUUACAAUGUCGCAAGCAGUAGCAAAUCUGUAGGCCCCAAUGAAGUUCCUCGUGUCUUGGAGAAAAGUGCUGCAUCGAAUCACAACAAUUUUAAGAUUUCAAAGAAUAAUAAUAUUGAAAUUAUGAUAAAAAAUGUUGGACCAAAUACUUUUAAUAUCCAGAUUGCGGAUUCAAAUCAAUCGGUUCGAAAAGCAAUUCCUCACCUAGAGAAAAAGGACAAGCUUACGCAAAUUGAUUCAAAAGAGAUUUGCAAUGUCGCAAACAGUAGUAAGUCUGUAAGCUCCAGCUUAACUCGUUCAGAUUCAAAUCAAUUGGUUCAAAAAGCGAUUCCUCACCUAAAUAAAAAAGACCAAAUUAUACAAGUUGAUACAAGAGCGAUUUGCAGUGUUCCAAGCGGUAGUAAAUCUGUAAGCUCCAAAGAAGCUUGUGUCUUGGAUAAAAGUACUGCAUUGGAUCACAGCUAUUCAAGGGACAACAGCACCAUGACAAACAAUGUUGAUUUAAAAGAUAUCACACAAAAGGUUUCACAGAGUUCCAUUAAUUACAAAAUGAAGAAUAAGAAAGAGGAUUCUAUUGACGCUACAAAGAAGAUAAAGCUGUUAUCGAUAUCUCUGAAGGAAGCGAAAGUGAAAAAUAAAACAUUCCAGCAGAAGUUGAGAAGACUUAACGAGAAAGUUAUGUUAAUAAUUGAAUUGUUUGAUCGAUUGCAAAAGGAUAAACUGAUUUCAGGUGGUUGUUUGCAUUUAUUAAAAACGCAACUUGGACGCCUUGCAUUACAAACUAAAGAUAAAAACGAUCAACCAAAAAACACAGAAGCUGAGAAAAAUUAAAGUGUUAAACGGAGGAUGUUGCUGAAAUUGCUUUCAUCAUCGACCCUGGAGAAAUAAUUGCUAUCCAUUGACGCCCAGUUUUCAUGCUGUUUUCUCAAAGAAUUGAAGAAGUUUUCGCUGAACGAUCUCGCAAUUUUGUGGUUUGAUGAUAUUUUGUUGAUGAUAUACUUUGAAAGCAUUUAAUUCUCAUAAACAACAGAUGAUAAACACAUAUAUCUAAUUAUGUAAACAUCAAACAGGAAAGGAAAUAGAAAUAAAUAAUUUUUUUAUUUGGAACAGAA